AUGGGAAGUGGAAAUUCAAGGUUAAAUUCGGCCGAAGGAGAAUCUGUAUCAAACAAAAUCCGAUCUACACUUAUCAGCCGAUUUGAAGAAUUUAGAAAACGUAGGAAUGCCGGAGCUACCCUCUCAAAGAAAGAACUAUUGAAAGAUUCAGAACAAGGGGAUGGUGGUAGUAUUAUUUCUCAAACUUCUUUUCGUGAAAUUAAUGAAACCGAAGUUCGUAAGAAUUCGGUUUCAACGAAGGAAGAACCAACGGUGCCACUAGCAACCAAAGAAAAAAUUUCUAGAGUUGUUCCGAUGGAAAACUCCGAAUGCAAAACUACGGAGGAGGAGGAGAAGAAGAAGGAGAAGAUGAACAUUAACAAAGACAUUGAUCUAAGAGAAGAGAAAGUGGUUGAUUCAAAUGAGAAAGUUGAGGCAGAGACCAAAACAGAGGAGGGAAAUAUUGAAGGGACAGUGGAAGAGGUAAAGGAAGAAAAAAUGGUAGAGGUAAAGGAAGAAAAAAAUGAACAAGAAGUAAGUGAAAAAACUGGAGAGAAUGAUGAUAAUGAUAAUGAUGAUGAUGAUGAUGACGACGACGACGACGACGAUGAAGUUGGAAGAUUUUUAUACCAAGGAUCUCCGAGUUUCAGAAUUUAUUGCACCGAAGCUGAUACAAGGAAGGAAGAGGAAGAAGAAGAAUGUAAGAGUUCAAACAUUGUUGUCAUGCACCAAAAAUCACGUAGUGCUGACAGUGUUGUUCAAAGUGUUGCAGCAAGGAAAACAAAAAUCUCAAACGAGGUACCUGAGAUUGUUGAAAGUGAAACAAUUACAAAGAGAAAAGGGAAUAAGAACAAGAAAUUUGGGAAAGUGAGAACUCUACUAAAGGUUAAGUCAUGCUACCACCCAAUAUCUUCCUGUACAGGUGAACACAGAAGCCGUCUUGUUGCUGCAAAAGCAGCAAAUUGA